CAAACUCCCUGACAUUGCUCAUCCCAAGAUGUGGACCCUUACUCUCACCACCGUGUUCUUGUUCCUUGUAACAAAAUAUCUUUACCGUCUGUAUUUCCAUCCCCUAAGGUCGGUCCCUGGACCAAAGUUGGCCGCCAUGACACAUCUCCAUGAGUUCUACUACGACGUUGUCCGAGGCGGCAUGUUCAUCUGGGAAGUCAAGAGAAUGCACGAGAAAUAUGGACCUAUCGUGCGGAUCAACCCACGAGAAGUCCACAUCGUCGAUUUUGCCUUCUAUGACGAGAUCUAUGCGGGGGCAGGCAGGCGACGAGACAAGGACCCGCAGAUGGUGGCAUUCCUCGCCUCGCCCCAUGCCGCGCUGGCGACGGUCGACCACGACCUCCACCGGUCUCGCCGCAAUCAGCUCAACCCAUUCUUCUCCAAGAAAAGUGUCGGCGCCUUGAUGCCUGUCAUCUACGAAAAGGUCGAUCUUCUCUGUGAGCAUCGCACCAUGGCCGCCAAAGAGAUGACAGUGAUCAACCUGAGCGACGCAUUUGUGGCGCUCACAGGCGAUAUCAUCACGCACUACCUGUACGGCCAGGACACCGGCUGUCUGGCGUCCAAGCAUUUCGCGAACAACGGCAUCUGGGCGGCCGUGGUUUAUGAAUCGCUUCGACUAGGUGCGGUUGCAAUGCGUCCCUCGCGAGUGGCCCCACACGAGACCUUGCAUUACAACGGCUAUGCGAUACCUCCCGGUACCCCGAUGAGCACGAGCAGCUACUUCCUGCACCGAAAUCCUGAAAUCUUUCCAAAUCCCGAAUCUUUCGAUCCAGAACGGUGGAUCACUGCGAGUGAGAGGGGUGCGAAUCUCUCAAAGUAUCUGGUACCUUUCACAAGAGGCACGAGAGCCUGUAUUGGGAUCAAUCUAUCCUAUGCGGAGAUCUACACAACGCUAGCCACAAUCGUGUGUCGCUUUGAUCUGGAGCUCUGCGACACGGCUCCCGAGAGGAUGGCAUUUACUCGCGAGAUGAUUGUGCAGAGGCCGGAGGAGGGGGUGUGGACUCUCAAAGCGAGAGUUGUGGGUGCUAGAGAAGACAGGUCAUGA